UGUAGUCAUUUUAUUAUGUUCAUUAUACAAUAUUUGGUAUUCAUACAUUACAUAAAAUACAUUUAAACAAAAAAACACAGGUAUGUUGUGUCCAAAUAUAGGAAAUCUGAGCCAAGGGUUUGUGCAUCAGUUAAAAAACAUAACACAUACACAUGAUGGUUAUCCCACAUUGUUACAUUUUCUAUUCCAAGACUUAGUCAUCAUAAAGGCACAGUUGUUGUGGCUAUAUAACAGACAAAUUCAACAAUUUUUGUAUUAAUGAGUUCAUCCUGAAUACACUGUGGGCAACAUAUUCCCCCAUUCUUCCCUCCAAAUAUAACAAUCAACAGAAUAGCCUUCUAAAUAUGCAGGUCACUGGUCAUGUCAGCAUGACCUCCCAGCUGAUGAGAGUUGCUGGAUCACUAGAAAAUUAGUAGCAAUAGGAAGGGGCCAGCAUCUCCAAUUACUUUGGUGAAUUUCUGAGGUCAGCAGCAAUAGGUACCAGGAACAGCUGUCCAAUGAAGCUGAUUAUAGAGCCACCAAAUGAUAUGCAAAUCACAGCUAUAGCUUGUUAGACUCUGUAGUUUAGUUUUGGUGCAGAUUGGGACCAACAGAUAAAAUAAUUUUAACUGGAGGAAGUUUCAGCUAGCCUCUUGCCAAACACAAAAACGUUUGCAAUAUUGAAUGUAGCAACAAUGGUAGAGUAGUAGCCUUGCCUGUUGCAGUAAAGAUAUAUAUCUGUAUAUGCAGAUUUCUGUAGAAAAUGGGGAUGCAGAUGUAGCAGAUCUUAACCUGUUUUUUCUUAACCCAUGUACAUUUCUGAUUUGCUUUUUCUAAUAUUAUAGCCUUUUGGAUUAAAAAGAAACUCCCAAAUUUGAGGGAGAAUUUUUAUUAAUGGAUACUAAGAAAAUUUGUUAGUCUCCAAUUUUGCAGUGGUCUGUUAAUAUAGAAAGCUGAAAUACUGUAUAAUAGGCUUAGGCCUAAUAAAAGGCCUGACCCCUUUAACAGAAUGUCACUGCACCAGGCUGUUCUAGCAUGGCAUCAAAACUUGACUACUGCAUCUUCAAAUGACUCUACUGAGCUCAGGACCACAAGGAUCUUCCAAAUCCAAUUAAUGAAAGGAAAAGCUCUUCCGGGGAGAAUUUAUAUUCUAAAAGUCUAAUAUAAUUAACUAUGCAUGGAUUGGAUUACUGCAUUCAGGGAGGGCACUGCAGAAAAAGAUGCAGAAUUGCUGAAACUAGAUGGCAAGAAAUGGUAGCAGAGCUUUUGAUAAUAAUUCAUAAGAACAACCAUACUGGGUCAGACCUGUAGUCCAUCUAGCCCAGUAUGCUGUCUUCCAGUAGUGGCUAAUGCCAGAUGCUUCAGAGGGAAUGAACAGAAUGGGCAAUCAUUGAGUGAUCCAUCCCAUCAUCCACCCCCAGCUUCUGGCAAUCAGAGAAGAGGGAUACACCACGGCAUGGAGUUGUACCUCUGACCAUUUGAGCAGAUAGCCAUUGAUGGACCUAUGCUCUUAUCUAUGAACCUAUGAACUUAUCUAAUUGCAUUUUGAACCCCGUUAUAGUUUUGGCCUUCAUAGGUUGACGCUAUUGUGUGAAGAAGUACUUCUGUUUGUUUUAAACCUGAUGCCUAUUAAUUUCAUUGGGUGCUCCUUGUUCUUGUGUUAUGUGACGGGGUAAAUAACACUUCCUUAUUCACUUUUUCCACACAAUUCACAAUUUUAUAGAUCUCUAUCAUAUCUUCUCUUCGUCAUCUCUUUUCCAAGCUGAAAAUUGAUAGAAAAUACCAUAUUGCAUAUAUACCACGUGUCAUCUAGGUACACCCCCAUUGUAUUUAUUCAGUGACAAACUCACUUGGGAGCAUACGGCUACCUGGUUAUCCAUACUCCAUUUUUUUCUAUUCCAUUCUUUCCCCCUCAGCAAAGGCAUGCGUUUCUCACUGAGGAGUGCAUGCACAUGCCAUGUGUGAAAUCUCAGUCACAUUUAAAUUAUUCCAGAGGAAAGAAGAAAAAAAAAAAAAGCACCCACCCACCCUUUUUUUUGAAACCCUGCAAAACAGUAAUUCAGCAUCAGCGAAAUGUUGUAGAAAAGAUGGAGGCCCAGGAGAAAUUUCAGGCACAAGAAAGUUUUUCUAUAGAAAGUUAUAAGGGCCUGUGAGGCAGGGCUGAGACUGAGGGAGCUGCCUCCUCCGCUGUAACUGCAGCUCUGCUGUAGAACCGCCACCUGUCCGUCCACUCUCCUUUCCCCUCCUGGGCCGUGUGCUGCAAUGGAGCCCGCUGUCUCUGUUUAAUCACCUUGCUGCGGUAUUUUUGGGACGGGGACCUCGGCGUUGGGCGUCGCCGUCUCCCGUUCCCUAAGCGCUCUGGUUUUUGACAUUUGAUUCUUGCAUGUCCCUCCAGGGCCUUUUCAACAGAACCCCCGUACAUUGGCCCCUCCUGGCUUUGCUGCCUGCUCCGCCGCCACCCUCUGUCCUCAGGCCCUGUCAGGUUCUCCCUCCUCUCCCGCCGCCCCAGUCGAUAUCGUCCCUCUCCAUCCCCAUUCUCUCCUUUCCCGCCCACGUCACCCUACUCCUCACCCCCUGCCCCACCCUCUGGGAUUCGCUGCUCCAGCGCAUGCACUCUGGUUGCCGUCCCCGCACGCACCGCCGGGGUGGGGACUGAGAGGCCGCCUGGCUUGGUCUCUGGCCGCUCGAUUUUCUCGCUGCUUGUGGUGUCGCCAUUUUCUACGGGAAGGUCGGGCUGGUGUCGCGGCGCAUGGCAGGAGGUACCAGCCAGUAUACGCUGCUUCUUGUCUAACCAGAUCAGUGAUCAGCUGCCGUGUGAUUCACCAAACUGAGCCAAGCUAACAAGACAAUGUCAUUGGCAUAUUCAGGAUCUUGGAGCAGAAUGUUCAGCUCAAUGCUACUGAUAGUUGUCUUCUCAAGCUUAUCCAUCAACCAGUCAGUGACAGUCUUGGACAAUAAUGGUGACAGAACAUGGCCUUACCGAACUCCUAUAGAGAUGGGACCCAUCUCUUGCUGCAAAGCUGAGCUCUAUGGAACCGAGGAAAGUUGAAGAACACCAGAUUGAUGUUUUUGAUUCUCUUCUUCAGUCAGCUGCUCCAUAUUGAGGAGCAGGAGAAGUUCAGAGAGGAAGACCAAUAAAUUCCAAAGCUUGUGUACCAAGGAAUGCUGCUACAUGGGCAGCGAGCACAUGAGCACCAAAAACUUUGGUGGAGUGACAAGAUUGUCAGUGAUGGGCUUGUGACCCAGGAGUCUCUCUCUUAGUGCCAGCUGGCAACGGGCACAACUGUAUUGGGUUACAGGAAUCUCCUGAGUCAGCAUGGCAAGAAAAUCCUCCAAAUAUUAAUGAUUGAUGUGUUGAAUUGGAGAGAGUUCACCUCUCAGUGACUUCAUAAAUAUCUGCUUCAAUUACCUUUGAAUAUUGAAGCAUGUUUGUUCCAAGGUCUCUUAAAGUGAAGAGGAAUGCUGAUGAUGACCUAAACUGUACAGCAAAAAUAAAAAAGUUGUCUUCUGGAGAACCCUCAUUAGUGGAGGCCACAGACUUCAGAGAUGUCAAGCCAGCUAUAAAAGACGCUUCUGCUUCAGGAUGUAAUUUAUAUAAAGCAGUACAAGAAUGUACAGAGCGACACACUUUUCCAGAUUCAGACUUCCCCUUCGCUGAUGAAUCUUUGGGAAGUGACAACCAAAAUGUUGAAGACAGCUCCUCUGUAGACGAACCCAUUAAAUCUUUCAGCAAAUCCCAGCGCUGGGCAGAACCUGGAGAACCUAUAUGUGUUGUUUGUGGUCGUUAUGGUGAAUAUAUUUGUGAUAAAACAGAUGAAGAUGUUUGUAGUUUAGAAUGUAAAGCCAAACAUCUUUUACAAGCUAAAGAAAAGGAAGAAGGGUUAAACUCUGACAGUCUUGUGAAAGUAGAAUCAAAACCAGAAACUCUUUUGCCUGUCACGGUUUAUACUUAUAAAGAACAUUCCUUUAUUUUAAGCCUGCAAGAUGACCAGAUCAAGAACCUUAAAUUACAGUUAGGUAUUGUUGUCCAGGGCGAAGGAGUUACAAGACCUAUUAUAGAGUUUGAACACUGUGGUUUUCCUGAAACUUUAAACUAUAAUUUAAAGAAUUCAGGCUAUGAAGUUCCAACCCCUAUCCAGAUGCAGAUGAUUCCUGUUGGACUUUUGGGAAGGGAUAUCGUGGCCAGUGCAGACACAGGCUCAGGAAAAACUGCAGCCUUCCUGCUUCCAGUUAUUAUUAAAGCCUUAGAAGAGACUAAAACUCCGUCUGCACUUAUUCUGACACCAACGAGAGAGUUAGCCAUUCAGAUAGAGAGACAAGCUAAAGAGCUGAUGAUUGGUCUGCCAAACAUGAGAACAGUUCUUCUUGUAGGAGGUUUACCACUGCCACCCCAACUUCAUCGUCUAAAACAAACUGUUAAGGUUAUAAUAGCAACACCCGGAAGACUAUUAGAUAUUUUAAAACAAAGCUCUGUUCAGCUCCAUGGUAUUAAAAUCGUAGUUGUGGAUGAAGCUGAUACCAUGUUAAAGAUGGGCUUCCAGCAACAAGUGCUGGAUAUUUUGGAAAACACCUCCAGUGAUCGUCAGACCAUAUUGGUUUCAGCCACAAUACCAGUUGGCAUUGAGCAGCUGGCAAAUCAACUUCUGCAGAAUCCUGUGAGAAUAACCAUUGGAGAAAAGAAUCUGCCAUGUUCCAAUGUUCGCCAGAUUAUCUUGUGGGUAGAAGAACCAUCUAAAAAGAAAAAACUAUUUGAAAUAUUAAAUGAUAAGAAACUCUUCAAACCUCCAGUAUUGGUAUUUGUGGACUGCAAGCUUGGAGCAGAUCUUCUGAGUGAUGCUGUUCAUAAAAUCACAGGAUUACAAUGCAUAUCGAUGCAUUCUGAUAAAUCACAAACUGAAAGAACAAAUAUAUUGCAGGGAUUAUUUCAGGAAAAAUAUGAAGUCGUAGUAAGCACUGGAGUCCUUGGGCGAGGACUUGACCUUGUCAAUGUCAAACUGGUAGUAAAUUUUGAUAUGCCCUCAAGCAUGGACGAAUACGUACAUCAGGUUGGAAGAGCAGGAAGGCUGGGUCACAGUGGAACUGCAAUUACUUUUAUCAAUAACAACAGCAAGAAGCUUUUUUGGGAUGUUGUAAAGAGAGUAAAACCAACAGGCACGAUUCUUCCUCCACAGUUGCUAAACUCCCCUUAUCUUCAUGACCAAAAGAGAAAAGAACAACAGAAAGUUAAACAAUCACAGAACAGUCUUGUAACAGUCUUGGAUGAAGACCCAGCACAUGUUCAUUUUAAGAACACUUCCACUGCAGAUCUGACAAAACGCAAAGAAGGUACCAAUGUGAGAUUUCUAAAGAUAGCUACAGCACUCGACCCAAGGUUUAAGUAUCUGAAGUGCCUUCCAAAAUCUGAGAGGGACGGGGUGUGGAGCAUGCUUUCAGAAGUCUUAAAAGAGCAACACUCAGAUGCAGAAACUACCGAACCUCAACCACCAUAAAAGAAAACCUUCUGCUGGUAGCAUCUAACUCAGAGGAUGAAAAUGAACAUGCGUUGGUCCACACUGCUUUGGAUUGUUAUCGAGCAGAACCAGUCAUCAGCAUGGACAUAUGUCCCCUGGAAUGGUGGUUGAAGCAUGAAGGGACAUAUGAAUCUUUAGCGCAUCUGGCACGUAAAUAUCUUGUGACGCAAGCUACAAUAGUGUCCGGAGAAUGCCUGUUCUCACUUCCAGGUGACAUUGUAAACAAGAAGUGGGAGGCAUUUUCUCCUGCAAAUGUAAACCAACUUGUUUGUCUGAGUGAUUGGCUGAACAAGAAGUAGGACUGAGUGGACUUGCAGGCUCUUAAGUUUUACAUUGUUUUAUUUUUGAAUGCAUUUUUUUGUACAUAAUUCUACAUUUGUAAGUUUAACGUUCAUGAUAAAGAGAUUGCAUUACAGUACUUGUAUUAGUUUAAUUGAAAAAUACUAUAUGUUUUGGUUUUUUACAGUGCAAAUACUUGUAAUCAAAAAUAAAUACAAAGUGUACACUG